AUGGACUAUAAGAAAAUUGCAGAUGAAGUUUCGGAGAAAAUUUUAUCCUACAGUCAAGAUACUUCAGGAUGGAGAGUGAUAAAAGUGGCAAAAAAUGUUACGGUUUCUUCAAAGCCUUCAAAAGAGUAUGCAGGAAAGAUAUACCGUGGAGAAGGGAUCAUUCAGGAAGUCCCUAGUAAAAUUAUUCCUUUUAUGUAUCUCCCUGAAUAUCGAAACACAUGGGACAAGGCAUUACAAUCCUACAGGCUGUUGGAAAGGAUUGACCAGGACACGGGUAUUUACCACAGCGUAACCCACAGUUACGGCAUGGGGCUGGUGUCAUCCCGAGACUUCGUGGACCUGCUGCACGUUAGAGCAUAUCCUGGUGAUGUCCUUACAACUAAUU